AUGUACAUAGUUGACGUUCGAUUGAAAUCUCCCACGUUUGAGAUCGUAAGACAGACUACGCAAGAGCUUUCCAAACAGUAUGGUAUCAACUGUCACACAACGCUGUCGAAAUCGUUGACAUGUGCUAUCGAAAACAAGCUUCGCAGAAUGGCUCUAGACCAUGACGGCGGCAGUGGUAUUUUUGUGACCUCAAAAGAUUUCGUGCUGGAAGGCCAGGGUUCAAUCGAGAUCAAUGCCACCCCAACACAGGCUCAGAUCAGUAUUGUCCGUUCUCUCAUCAAGGUAGUUCUCCAUCAAAUGGAUAACGGCAAUUACAAGUUGACAGAAGGCCAGGAGAACUUACUGGUAUCUCUAUGUGUAGAAAGUUUACAAGUGGAGGUGAUUGUGCCAGAUACUACAUUUCACGAAUCGCAAAUGACAAUGGCUGAAGAAGUCGCACAAGUGCUCAACGCAUCACCUUCAGCAAAAAUACGCAAUGAUGGCGAGGAACAGGGAGAUUUCUCCAUAAAAUGCUAUUGUUGCUUAAAAUACGGAGAAUUGGGAUCAGAAGCUUAUAAAAUUGUUGACGAUUUCGAUAAAAUUGAUAUCAAAGAGCCCAGCAUAAUGGGUAGCGAUGACGAGAGCACAUUGGUAUCUAUCCAUCCUACAUUGCCUAACGUUUCCAUUUCGGCAGAAACAAUGGCACAGAGCAAAGUUCAGCUCUUACCCUCGUCAGAGUAUGAAGGACUUUGGGAAUCUUUGCAUUUUGAGGACAACAUCAAGCAAAAACUCUACGGCUACGCUACCAUAUCCCUCAAGCUCUCCAAGUUCUCUCAAAAAAAAAUCUCCAGCACAAUGAUAUCCAACAAUAAGCUUUUACUGGUGCAUGGGCCUCCUGGCACAGGAAAAACGACAGCGUGCAAAGCCCUUUGUCAAAAAUUGGCGAUCCGUCACAGCGGAGAAACUGACAACAUCUUCGAAGCCAGCGACCGUCAAGCAAUUCUCGUCGAGCUAUCCUGUUCUAAAGUUUUUUCUAGGUGGUUUGGAGAGUCUGCGAAAAACCUGGACAGAAUCUUCCAAGACGUCGAGGACCUUCUGAACAAUAAAACCAUCAAAGAACGCUUCGUGUGCUUACUUAUUGACGAAGUUGAGACAUUGGCUUUAUCAAGAUCGUCUUCGAUGAAUAAAAACGAAUCAACCGACGGUAUGCGUGUGGUUAACACCUUACUGACAAGAUUGGACGGCUUGAAACGAUACAACAAUCUGCUAAUACUGGCAACGUCUAACCUGGUGACCGCACUGGACCCAGCAUUUUUAGAUCGAGCCGACGGUGUGUUUUACGUAGGGAAACCUUCAGAAAAUGGUACAAGUGAAAUACUGUACUCGACCAUACGCGAACUAAUUAAGAAUGGUGUCAUAAUCAGUCACGUAUGCAAUACUCCCGCAAUAGACGAAGAGGAGAUUCGGUCAUCAAUUCGCCAGAUCGCUCGGCAGUGUGUGACUUCUGGAAUCAGCGGCAGAACCCUCAGAAAACUACCAUUAAUUUGCUUAUCGGAGCAUCAUCUGUCUUCUCUACCGGUGACAAUCAGAGAUUUUAUGCUCGCCUUGGCGCUCACUGUGCAUCGAUUUCACACGUUUCCCAAUGACGAAUCAAGUUAA